AUGUAUAAAUUUUUUCCAUCACAGCGUAUUUUUGAUUUUGUCCUUCCUUCAGGUUUUGCGAUGCUGUUUGGAAGAUGUUCAUCGAAAACAAAAGCAAUUGGAAGAUUAUGCGAGAAGUGUGAUGGAAAGUGCGUCAUAUGUGACAGUUACGUCAGGCCUUGUACUCUUGUAAGGAUAUGUGACGAGUGCAAUUACGGAAGUUAUCAAGGAAGAUGUAAGCCAAAUUAA